GAAGCAACAGAAAGAAACCGGUGGACCUGACGCUUUCGUUUUCGAAGGCUCUGGAAACGAUCAUAUCUUCAGGGAGGCUAUAAAUUUGGCUUCGUUUCGAAUUCUCUCUCUCAUCUUCGUCUCUGCACUCUGUAUAUCGGUAUCUCUCUCCCUCUCUCUCUCACGUACACACACGCACAUAGAUUCUAAAGGCGAGCCGGAGCUCCGGACUGUCAAGAGGAUCCCGCCGUUUGUUAUCGGAUUCGGAUCGGCGACUGCACCGCUUGUCGUUCCCGAUUGAAAGUUCGUUAUUCUUUAAGAAAUCCAUAUAAUUAGUAGUCUGUUUUGAUCUGAAUGGCUUUAAUUUUGCGUUAAUUGUUCACAUCGUAGGUAAUUUGGUGCUGCAGUUUUUUAAUUCUGUGUGUUUGUGUUUGUGUGCUUAAGCGUUAGGUGUGUGUGAUAUGCUAUCGUGUUAAUGCUGAGCUUUUGAUUUCGCAGUAACGUAUUUUCAAUGAAUUGUGUUUAUGCUUCAUUUUUCUGUUGCUGUAUUGUUCAUCAUGCAUUGCGUGGAUUGCUGUGGAUUUGAUUUGGUGAAUGGUUUUAUGUUCCAUCUUGUGCUGUUUGAAUUUGUGUUGUUGGUUUUGUGAUGAUUGUUGACUGGUUGACUGUGACGAAUUUGGUUGUUGCUGCUGAUGAUGAUGAUGACGAUAAUCGAUAUGUUUGGUUUAGCUAAUUUUUGAAAGAAAUGUGAUGGCUGCCUUGGUUACUUCUUCUGGUAGAUAAUCUUUUCCGUGCAUGAAAUUUAUGUCCAAGAUGAAAUGCUAUGUGAGACCAUUGGUUUUCCUUGGGAAAGAAGCCACGUCUAACUUUUUGUUUGUAAUUUCUACAUUUCGUUUAUUUGUGGAUUCAUCAUUAGUAUUACAGAGGGAGAGGAGGAAAAUAGAAAAUGGGUAGCUGUGGAACAUGAUGCAUUUGUUUUGUAUCAUAGGUGAUUCUACUCAACAAGGUCUUUUUUGUUUCUUUUUACUGACGGUGCACUUUUUUUGGUUGAGAAACUAGAAACAAAAUUAGGGCGGUGAAAUCUCUCUAUUACUUGCCAGUUGAUUUCAGCCAACUGUUGAAUAAUAACAUACCCAAACGGACACGUGAUGUGACUGGGUUAUAGUAGGUCUUUUUUUAUUUGGACGAGGAUUUAUAGUAAUUGGAUAGCAAAUAGAGUUCAUGCUUGUGGGGUGAAAUGAAUGGCAAUUUGGUCCUUUUGUUGUGGUUGUUCUAUAUAAGCUUCUGAAAUAGGCGUGUGAAGUGAGUAUUGUCAGCCAUCAUUCCCUCUUUAUGGCCCGUGCAUCUCGUUUGGUGUACCUCAGCCUCUUGUUUCUGAAGCAGCCCUUGUUCAUCCAGAAACACCAAGGUUAAUGUUGUUGGGCCUUCCUCCGGACCUUGGUUUCAGGUACUGAGCUAUAGUAGCUCGUUAUAGAUAACCGUUAGGGCCUUUAAAGUAUAGGGCUUCAGUGUUUUGGGGUGUUAACUACCAGUGCAAGUGGAAUACUUAAGGAUGCCAGUUCUGGAUUUCAUAAUGCAAAUGAUAAAAGAAAGUAUUACCUGAUAUAUUUUCUGAUAUUAAUUAUCGGCCUUUUCAGUUUCUGUUACUGAGGAUGGGAAAACAUUACAGCUUGUGUUGAGUCUACGGCUUGGUUGCAGCUUGAGGCUUGUGGAUAUUUGUUAAAAUUUAAGGAGACUGCUUUAACAAAUUACCUAAGAUAAUUUUCUUUGUUUUUAAUUGGGUUGCAUUGAAAGGGCUGUUAUAUCUGUACCAGAGGUGAAAUUUCCAACUCCAGAGUGUAUAUGCUGGUUUAUCAGGGUUCUGAUUGAGGGGUUUGAACGUCUUACCAGUAAAUAUGGUUCUUCACAUCUCCAUCCGAAGAUGUCAGCGUAUAUUUCUAGUUAGAUCUUGUGGUCUCCUCUUUCUUGGCGCCUAUAUCCAUGUACUACCCCAUUGUGAAUAUUCCGUACUGAAACUCUUUGUAGCGGAAACAUCAUUUUCUGAGUUGUCUUAUCUGCCCCCUUGUGCUAAUCUGAGCAUUUGUCUGCUCUUGGUUAUGAGUUUCAAAGCUCAUACUCCAAGUACAUUGUUCAUUUCAUCCCUAAACCUGUUAUUAAAACUCGUCAAGUUGUAAGUAGUUUAGUAGAGACAAGAAUGACAAGAAUGGUGCUCCACUUAUCUGGUUAGGGACUUAGCCUUGCAUGGGUGCUGUGGUCCUUGAAGGAGAGUUAAUUUUCUCUAAAGGAAAUCAAGAGAUGAAAGUUGUGAUUCUUUUGUAGUUCAUAACUCAACUAUAUAGAUGAUGAGAGAACUCCACAAGUUUCAAGCAGUGACACUCAAAGUCUGACGGUAUAGAGUUUUUAAGAUUUUGCCUAUUGGGUAAGUUCAGUACUCGAAGCAGACAUGGUGGAUAAUUUCCAUUUAAGGUUGGGGUGUCAAUUCGUCGUGCCCAGUAUAGUUGGAUUUGGUUCUGGGACUUCUUCAAGGAAUCAAGUGAUGCAAUGUUAUCGCUUACUUUCAACAGAUGGAAGCUCUGGAGUUCCCCAGCGCUGCAUUGUAGUUAUUGUUUGGGAUGCUUAUAGAUCUACUUGUUUUGAUGAAUCCUCCUCUUGGAGAAAUGCUGAUUGGAGCUGUUCAACCUUGCUUGGAUUUUGUUGUUGCUGAUUUCAAAUGUCUGCAGCAUUAUAGAAGAAAGCAGAGUUUCAUGGGGUGUUUGCCUGGCUUGAUCGGGUGACUAAUAUGCCCUGAGGAUUAAUCAUUGUUGCUAAAUAUUUUUGUACAUGCAGGUGCUUUAGGCCUUCUGCAAGCUUCUAAAUAUUAUCAUAUCAAUUUGGAGAUAAGCAACAUAGAAUGGUUAGACAGAACAAAAUGGAGGAUGCCCAUUUGAAUCUAUCGUGCAUGCUCACUGUAGAAUCAAAAGUAGAAUCAAGGGAUACUGGAAAGGCCACUGAAUUGUUGGAGAGAGGACACAUGGAGUAUGGCUGUUCGCACUACAGGCGAAGGUGCCGCAUUAGAGCUCCUUGCUGCAAUGAGAUUUUUGAUUGUCGCCAUUGUCAUAAUGAAGCAGAGAACAAUAUCAAUGUCGAUCAGAAGCAUAGGCAUGACAUACCACGUCAUCAAGUCAAACAGAUGAUAUGUUCACUUUGUGGCACUGAGCAAGAGGUUGGACAAGUUUGUGUUAACUGUGGUGUAUGCAUGGGGAAAUAUUUCUGUGGGACUUGCAAGCUAUUCGAUGAUGAUACAUCUAAGAGACAGUACCACUGCAAUGGAUGUGGAAUUUGCAGAAUCGGAGGGCGUGAGAAUUUCUUCCACUGCUACAAGUGUGGCUGCUGCUACUCAAUUAUGUUAAAAAACAGCCACCCUUGUGUGGAGGGAGCAAUGCAUCACGACUGCCCUGUUUGCUUUGAGUUCUUAUUUGAAUCAACAAAUGAUGUUACGGUGAUGCUGUGUGGACACACUAUUCACAAGGAUUGCUUAAAAGAGAUGAGGGAGCAUUAUCAAUAUGCGUGCCCUCUUUGCUCCAAAUCAGUUUGUGAUAUGUCCAAGGUAUGGGAGAAAUAUGACAUGGAGAUUGCAGCUACACCAAUGCCUGAACCAUAUAAAAACAAAUUGGUCUGGAUCCUCUGCAACGACUGCGGGAAAAGCUCACAAGUGCAGUACCAUGUUGUGGCCCAGAAAUGCCUGAACUGUAAAUCCUACAACACUCGCCAAACGAGAGGCUGAGCUAGUUGGCUAUGGUUGCAUCAGAAUUGAUUUUGGCUUUGGCUAUUAUUGUGCAGCUACGUGUGUCACAAGACUCGCAACAAAGGGCUCCGUACACUCUUUUGACCACCUGGCUGUAUCAGUGACAAAGGGAAUUGUGGUCCUGCGAUUGUCCUGUUGGAAACCUGUGGCUGAAUGCACCGUUGCGAUUCGCUUUUUGUUUCUGCGUUUCUUUUCCUCAUCUAUUUAUUUAUUUACUUCUGUAUGUGUGGUUUCACCUUGUAAUUAAGCCAAGAGUAGCCAUGAUGAUUUCUCGAUUUAUCAUCUGGAUGGAUGAUCUCUUGUUUUCCUCUGUAAUCCUCUCGUCAUUCUCAAUUGCGUUUGGUUAUUCGAACAGUAUUCCCCACUCCGGCAAAUGCAUUCAAAUGGUAUCCACUCCUGCAAAGGCACCGCCCCUGAGCUUCGGUUCACCUGUCUCUGUGGAUGGAGGAGUGGGUAUUAAGAACGUUGACAUGUUUGAGACAAAGUGGAGGGAGUUGAUUUGGAAGAGGCACAAGUUCAUGUGGAAAAAGACAAUCGUACCCCUUUUUAGGCGCAGUUUUAUGCAUUCAACUCGUACAGCUGGGUCAUUGACCAUGGUUUUCCUAUAAACUAAUCUGAUUCGUGUAGUGGUUAUAGAAUUUGGAAAUUGAUAAGAGGGCGUUGGCCUGCAGGUUUUCCUCACUAUGAAGAAGAUGAUUGUUAUUUGAAUUAAAGAAUAUGAAAAGACAAGAAAAGAGGUGCUUGACAGUACAGCAUUUUCAGAGGAA